CUGUAUAACUAACAAUCUCCUAACCAAACUAACCCUAAAAGUUUCACUAAUGAUGUCUGGCUAAAAAAAUGGGAAAUUAGUGUGGUUCUCUUCAUAUGCCUAAAGUUUGAAAUGACAAUGAUUUCCAUUUGCUAGCAGCGGGAGAAUCCAAAACCCCAAGGCGACGAAGUGAGGAGGAGAAGAGCAUCUGAGCAUGAGAUACAAUUUCGACUUGUCGGAGCCCCGUGAAGCUGACGACGCCGACGACGGUGGCCGUCAAUCAGCAACGCCAACUUCAGCUUCAACACCCAAAGAAGAACUGGAAUGGCUACCCUUACAAAACCACCCUGUAUUUUGUGCUCCGAGCAGGGAUGGCGCUGCCCAUUCCUCCAACUUCACAAUGCCUAAAAACCUUUUCGCGUGGGACGGAGCUUCUCGUCUCUACUUUUGGGACUCCUACAAAAGCUGUCUGCAUCGGCUCUCCGUUCGAUUGGGCGAACCGGACCGUACUUCCGUCCUUGCCGCUUCUCCCUCUAAGGUACUGCAAGCUGAUAUGCAAUUGGAUUUUGAGGUUCAGCGAAUUUCCAUUAAUAGAAAUGGAUCAGCACUUUUCCUAGUUGGCUUGGAUGGUUUAUACGUCAUGUAUCUCUAUGGGAGGACUUCGACCAAAGAAAAUACAGUUAUAUGCCGGACAGUUUCAGUUGGUUCAGAGAUUUACUUUGACAAAAACAACUCAAUACGCACGUUGCAGGUUUGUUGGCACCCUUACAGUGACACCCAUCUGGGAAUCCUCUCUUCUGAUUCCGUUUUCAGGGUUUAUGAUCUGUCGUCGGCCCUUGGUCAGCCAGAACAGGAGUAUUAUUUGCAGCCUGUGGAGCCUGGCAGUUCGCACAAUGCUACAUCAAUCUGCCCCGUCGAUUUUUCUUUUGGGGGUGAUCAUUUGUGGGACAGGUUCAGUGUUUUUGUCUUGUUUAGUGAUGGCUCAGUUUACAUCCUAUGUCCUGUUGUUCCAUUUGGAAGUGUGUACAAAUGGGAAUCUAUACUGGAGUUAUAUAGUGAUGCGCAUGUGUUUGGUCUGAAAUCAUCGAAUUCAAAAGCUGUGAAAAACUCAAAUUUGGCAAUCUCUUGGUUGGAAGCAACAUUUCCUGAACUAGCCCGGAAAGAAGUUCAUGCAGAAAAUGCUUCUGUGCUUAGAGCUCAGCCUUAUGCUUUAUUUGAUGCGUCAAUCUCAUUGCAGGGGCCCUUACGUAAAGUAAGUCACGGCGUUGAAGAAGACUCGGUUCAUCCUCCAGUUUGUGAAGGGCGUGCUGUCAGUUUUCUUUAUGAUUUAGUUAGCAAAGAUUCUAUUGUCGUAACUGCUUGGAGUGGUGGCCAGUUGCAAAUUGAUGCUUUAGCUGAUGAAGUACAGCCGGUUUGGAAGGUCGGUAGCCCACCUCGGGUUUGUCUGGAUUCAACUGAUAGUAUAGUUGGCCUUGCAAUGAUUUGCGAGUCAUUGUCCAGUGACACCUCUAUUUCGAAGCUUGACCUGCCACCUGAUCAUACCUUAUGGUUGGGGCAUCCACCUCCUCUUUUGAGGCUGGCUAUUGUGGAUUUAGCUCUGCCCAGAAGAAGCGGUUCUGUUAUAUUGAUGUUUGUUGAUCCCCUUAUUUCAGAAAGAAUAUAUUGCCUUCACAAUGGAGGAAUUGAUUCAGUAGUGUUACACUUUUUGCCUUUUACUAAUCAGAGUAGUGGCAAAGAAGACAUGAUGAGAAGUCCCUCUGUGCAUCCCGUUCUUAGCACUUUCCAAGGAGAAGCAUCCUCAGCCUCCCCACUUUGUGGUUUCUUGGCUCUGUCAGAUUCUUUCGGAGAUUCAUGGAUCGUGGGUCUUACCCCUUCUAGCGAGUGUAUAGUGUUGGAGAUGGAGACUUGGAAUACACUGGUUCCCCCAAUUAUUGAUAAGGUUGACAAACUCAGAGACUCAGAGGGACCAAAAGAUACAGAUAUUCCUACUAUCAUAAGCAAAGAGCUCCUUACCGGGCCCAGGGUAGUUCUUUUGCCUCCUUCAUCGCCUCAUUUACGCUCCGUUGCUGCUGAUUCAAUUGAAGGCCGAUCAACACUUCAUCAGUAUUUCAAGCUUUUUCAUGAAAAUUAUGUGGAAUAUGCCCACAAGGUAACUUUGUGCUGUCGUUACGCUAUAAUCUUGAUAGCAGUUGUGACUUUUUCCUGCUGGACUUCUCUUUUUAAGUUAGAUUUUGCCUUAUUAUCUAUCUGAUCCUUCAAAUUUUCC